AUGGCACUUGGGAUCUGGUCCUUCUUCCGUCUGGGAAUUCUGUUACUGGUUGCAGCUGGAUUUAUGCUGUUAAGGUCUAUCUUCUUGGUGGCAUACUUGGAUGAUAUUGUCAUCACAUGUAGUGAUAAUCAUGUGAUUACUCAGUUGAAGCGGCAUUUACGUUAUCAUUUUCAGACUAAGGAUCUUGGGAAACUUCAAUAUUUCUUGGAAAUCGAGGUGCCCCAAUCUAAAGAUGGAGUUGUGAUAUCUCAGAAGAAAUAUGUUAUGGAUAUUCUUGAAGAGACUGUUCUGUUAAAUUCUAAGUCUAUUGAUACUCCUAUGGAUCCAAGUGUCAAGCUUCUACCAAAUCAGAGGGAACUCUUUUCAGAUCUUGAGAGGUAUAGAAGAUUAGUUGAAAAACUGAACUACCUCACAGUCACUCGGCCUGACAUUUCAUUUGCAGUGAGUGUGAUAAGACGGUUUCUUAAUUCUCUAUGUCAAGAACAUUGGACGCCGUCAUUCGUAUUUUAA